AUGAAACUUAAAGAUAAAUAUUGUCUGCUAUAUUAUGAAUUAUAUGAAUUUAAUAUCUACAAGUUUAUACAGAAACAUAUUUUAGCAUAUUAUGAUGUAGUAGAAAAUAAAAAAGAAAAGGAAUAUAAUGAAAUAUUAUUUGCAGCACAAUGGAAGAAAGAUUCUUGUAAUAAAGAUUAUUAG